UAGCCUUUGGCAUUUGUCCCAAUCAACUUCAACGACUACUAUAGGAAAAUGGAAUUCAACUCAAACUAUUUGGAAAGAAACUUUGAACUAAACGAAAGAUCAUUAGGUACACAAGCAGCUUGCCCAGCCUCAUCGUUAUGCAGCUUCGAAAACGAAAAAAAGGGCCUAAUUUCGAGGUUGAGUUUCAUGUGACGAAAUAUUUUUGGAAGGUCAACACCAAAGCUACUCAAGGAAGGUAAAUGUAAUUUUAGAAACUUAAAGGGAGGCUUCUGCAACUAUCAUAUAGCUGAGGGAAGGUCAGUGUAAUUUAUCCAUUAUAUAAAUCCAAGUUUAUCAUUGGCUCCUCCCCUCCAGAACUCGUGAGAAGAUAAUAUGUCGACUCUUCUUUCAAGCUGGUCUAAGGAUGUUAACACCGUGCCACAAAAAUUUGUCUUCCCACCGGAAGAAAGGCCAGGAGACCUUCCAGCUCCUCUAUGCAAGGGCAUUCCAGUCAUUGAUCUACAACAAUCAGGGGGUCAUCAUGACAGAGCUGAUUUACUUCACCAAAUUAUAAAAGCUAGCCAAGAUCUUGGCAUGUUUCAGGUGAUCAACCAUGGAGUAUCAGAGGAACUAAUGGAUGAUACAAUGAGUCUGUUCAAGGAGUUCAUUGACAUGCCUGAAGAAGACAAGGCCAGUUAUUUUUCUGACGACACAAGUAAGAGCUUCAUGCUCUUCGCAGCCAGUUCUAAUUCUAAUUUGAAUAAGAAGGGUAAUGUUACCUACUGGAAGGAUUCAUUGAAACAUAGUUGUCACCCUUUAGAGGAUCACAUCCAAUCGUGGCCUGAAAAGCCUGCUAGAUACCGGGAGGUUGUUGGGACAUAUUCAUUGGAAGUGAGGAAGUUAAGCUUGAGGAUUUUAGAUCUGAUUUGUGAAGGAUUGGGAAUUGAAGAGGGGUAUUUUGCAGAUGAACUGAGUAAAACCCAAGCACUGGUAGUUAAUCAUUACCCGCCAUGUCCAAACCCGAGUUUGGUCUUGGGAGUCAGUGCACUUUGACCAAAUCUCUUAACCAUGCUUCAGCAGGAGGAGUAUGGGCUUCAAAUGUACAAGGAUGAGCAGUGGUUGGUGUUGAACCUCUCCCUCAUGCAUUUGUUAUCAACAUAGCUAACCAAUUAGAGUUGAUCAGCAAUGGGAUGCUAAAAAGUGCUAAACAUCGAGCAGUGACAAAUUCAAGCAUUGCUAGGACAUCCAUAGUCACUUUUAUUGCUCCAUCUAGAGAAUGCGUCAUCGAACCUGCAAAAGCACUUGUUAAAUCAAGCAAUCCCCAACUGUUCAAAGGAGUUCAUUAACACUUGCACGCCCAAGAUUAAAGACCCUAAAGAUACGACGUUGAAGUCAUACAGGCUCCAAGCUUAAGUUAUGGUCUGUGGAAGGAAAAUGCAAAUCCAAUUAGAGAAGUCAUAACGUAGUUUCACGUAAUUGAUUAAACUGCUUGGUUACAUUCUCAGAAUAAAAUGCAAUUCAUUCUGCAGCUCAACCCAAACUAAUGCCCGUUAUAGUUUUUCAUAACUCGCUGUGAACCUUUUCGAUUAUUAAUAGCGGCUCGUGAAGUAGCCCUCUUUCUUUACAAAAUGAGUGGAUACAUGCCCCUUUAAUUACUUUCCAUUAUAUGUAAACCGACAUUAGUUGAAUGCAAUUUCCAAGCACACUUCUGUUACUACCUAUCAAA